CGACAUAUUCAAAUUUUGAACUCCAAGACGUCCAGGACCCGGAGAGUAGAUGUGGAUGAAUGCGUUAGAUGUUUGUGUUAUAUCGUUUGAAACGCAAAUAGCUAAAGUUUAAUUAAGAAAAAUUGUUUGUUACAGUUUUUAGUAGGUAUAUGUACAUAAAAGAAUUAUGACGAGUUAAAAAUGGCUGAGGGACAGGUAUUAUUCAUCCGAGGUGGAAAGUCAGACCAUCAACAUGGGAAGCCAGGUGAGGAGGGCGACUCUGCUACAGCCGAGGAAGAUAUCUGGGAUGACACAGCUUUAGUGCAGGCUUAUGAUCGUGCUGUGUCGUUGGCAAAGGAUGAAGUUGCACGUCGUAUGGGACUUGACAAGGGAAGCAUAUCUGGAAAUGAGAGCAGUGCAUCCAGUAAACCUAGAAGAAGGAAAAAGAGGCACAACAAAGAGUGUAUGUUACAAUGGCGGGUUGGUGCUCCUUGCUGUGCAGUGUACAGUGGUGAUGGGGUUAUUUAUGAAGCUACAAUAGAUGCCUUGUUCCAUGACAGAGGGACUUGCAUAGUCAAAUAUAUAGGAUAUGGCAAUGAGGAGGAGGUUCCAUUGAAAAUACUUCAACCAUCACAAGGACAAGCAGCACGGAAGAUGCAGGAGGCAGCAGCAGCGCAAGAUAUGCAGGAACAACUGCUGCAUAAUGGCUUGGAGAUGGAAUGCAGCGAUGGAGACUCGACAAAGAGAUCAGUUUUCAAGCCCAAGUUUGGAGCAGUUCCCAAAUCACCACAAAGAAGCAAAAUGGAUUGGGAAUCUCAGACAGUGCAACCUCCACGGCCCCAUUACUUUCCUCCUCGUUUCAGACCCCUCCGAAUGCCAUCUAUGGGCAUACCCCCAAUGGUAGUCCCGCCACCCCCUCCACCUCAUUUGACUGCCAGCUUCCCUGAGGAGGAUGCUGAAGCUCUGUCAGCAAUGUUGAUGUCAUGGUACAUGAGUGGUUUCCACACAGGUUACUAUCAAGGUUUGAAGCAAGCAAAGAACUUCUCUCCAACUGGCGGUAAUUUCAGCAGUAAUUCUUCCAGAAAAAAGUGAAAUCAUAAAUAUUCUUGUAAGGUUUGAGGUUUUCAUGGCAGGUUUUGUGCUUCAGUACAAGAAAGAAAGAAUAAUGCUUUUUUCAAGAAAUUAUCGGUUAUGACUUUAUAAGUGCUGGAUUCUGUUAUGUAGAAUAAUAUUUUUGGAAAAUGGAACUUGUACAAUACACAUGAAAGAUGUUGCAGUACAGAAUUUUGUGAAGAUGG